CAUAAAGUGAAAUCAGUUGGUUGAGAUUAUAUUUGUAUCAUAGUUGCUGAGUAUCAUUAGCAUAUAUCACCACUGAAAAACAAGCAAGAGAAAAGCAUACAGUAUAGAGCCAAUAUGAAUGACCAGUACAAUAGAUUUGAACAAAACUAUCUUGAAGAUCAAGAGCCUGGAAUAAUCCUGGAACAAGAACAGAAAACUGAAAAUGAGAGGCCUAUCCCAACAAGGUCCGACUCGUAUAUCCAAAACUAUGAAUAUGAACAACAGCAACAGCAACAACAACAGGAAUCUAAUCAUACCCAACCUCCACACCCCGAACAACAACAACAACAACAAAAACAUCAAGAAAGUGAACAACAACCACAAUCCGAGCAACAACAACCCACAGAUGAAGCUGUUGAGGAUGAAGAUGAUGCGAAUAACGAAGAUCUAAUGGGUGAUAGUGUUUUCAGUAAUGUUGGGCAAGGUUUAACAGGGAAUUAUAGAAAUAUGAUGAUGGCUUAUUGGCAAGAAACUAUAAAUUCAAUUGAACAUGAAGAACAUGAUUUUAAAAACCAUCAAUUACCAUUAGCCCGUAUCAAGAAAGUGAUGAAGACGGAUGAAGAAGUUCGAAUGAUUAGUGCUGAAGCUCCAAUCUUAUUUGCCAAAGGUUGUGAUAUCUUUAUCACUGAAUUAACAAUGAGAGCUUGGAUCCACGCAGAGGAGAAUAAGAGAAGAACUUUACAAAGAAGUGAUAUUGCUGCUGCUUUACAAAAAUCUGAUAUGUUUGAUUUCUUGAUUGAUAUUGUUCCAAGGGAGGAAGUUUUAGGAAGUACAGGUGGUGGGAAUGGUAGUAAUGGGAGUACAAAGAAGAAUAGUUCAAGACAAAAUAGUACGACUGGGUAUGGUUCUAAUGAUUUACAACAACAAUUGUUGCAACAGCAGUUAUUACAACAGCAGUUUCUAAAACAACAACAACAGCAACAACCUGCACAAAAUGAUGAAGGAAAUAAUGAAGAACCUUAUCAAUAUAAUGAUAUGAAUGUUUAUGAAAAUAGAUAUUGAGAGAGAGAGAUUAAAAAGAAUGGAAUUGUAUUAUUAUUAUUAUUAAUGUGUUUAAUGUGAA